AUGGCUGACGGAGAAAAUAACAACCAUGAAGUAGAACAACCCGGGACACUUCAAAAUAUCCAGAUGGAAGCAUUGUUGGGAGAAAUGCGGAGGAUGAUGAGGAUUGAGAUGAAUGCAGUCUAUGAGAGGUUGGACGAAGUUCAAGCAGAAGCACAACAAAGGCAACCACAAAACUUGCCUAAUCAACAGAGGAGAGCAGGAGAGGAGUUAAGAAUGCCGAGAGAUGUAGCAGCUGAAGACUACUACAGUCAUAGUGGAAGCUCAUCUCAAGGAGGCCGAAGGAGACAAAUACGUGUGCGAGAAGGCAGAGAAAGAAAUGAUGAUAACAUUGGAGGGCUGAAGUUUAAAAUUCCACCAUUUAUUGGGAAGAAUGAUCCAGAUGUCUACUUGGAGUGGGAGAAGAAGGUAGAACAAGUUUUCAAUUUUCAACACUAUUCUGAGAUCAAUAAGGUGCGAAUGGCGGCUGUUGAGUUUAGUGAGUAUGCACUUAGCUGGUGGGAUCAGUUGGUGACUUCACGAAGACGUAAUGGCGAAUAUCCGAUUGAGACUUGGGCUGAGAUGAAGGCUAUCAUGAGGAGAAGGUUUGUUCCGGGCCAUUACCAUCGCGAUCUGCAUCAAAAGCUAAGGAGACUGACUCAGGGAAGUCGAAGUGUGGAGGAUUAUUAUCAAGAGAUGGAGAUUCUUUUGAUAAGAGCUGAUGUGGUUGAGGACCGAGAAGCUACUAUGGCUAGAUUCAUGAGUGGGUUGAAACAAGAUGUCCAAGAUAGGCUUGAGAUGGAACAUUAUGUGGAGCUUGAAGAGAUGUUACAUAAAGAAAUCUUGGUGGAAAAGCAACUUAAAAGAAGAAGUUCUACGCGGAUAACUUAUGGUGCUGGUUCAUCUAACCCAAAAACAAGUUACCAGAAGGAAGAAAAGUCAGUUGUUAUUCCAAAGGCUGAAGCGAAGCUAAUUGUUGCCAGUCAAGUUACCAAGGACAAAGCUGAGGCUACCAGAACCCGAGCUCGUGAUGUGACGUGUUAUAAGUGUCAUGGGAGAGGACACUAUGCACAUGAGUGCUCCAACAGAAGAACAAUGAUUCUCUUGGAGAAUGGAGAGUUCGAAUCAGAAAAUGAAGAGGUGGUUUCUGCUUCACUAGAAGAACUUGAAAAAAUUCCAGCAAAAGGCGAGAUAUUGGUGGCAAGGAGAUCACUUAGUGUUCAAACUGCGAUUGUGGAACAUGAGCAAAGAGAGAAUUUAUUUCAUACAAGGUGCCAUGUCCGAGAUAAGGUAUGUUGUCUGAUAAUUGAUGGCGGGAGUUGUACUAAUGUGGCGAGUGAAACAAUGGUUAAGAAGCAUGGGCUAACUACGGAGAAGCACCCAAAGCCAUAUAAGCUGCAAUGGCUUAAUGAUGAUGGUGAGAUGGAGGUUAGUAUCCAAGUAAAGGUUCCUAUUGUCAUUGGGAAAUAUGAGGAUGAGGUUUUGUGCGAUGUUCUACCUAUGGAGGCAAGUCAUAUUCUUUUGGGAAGACCAUGGCAAUCUGACCGGAGAACAAGCCAUGAUGGUUUCACCAAUCGAUAUUCUUUUGAGUUCAAAGGCAAGAAGAUCAUCUUAGUUCCAUUGACACCUCAUGAAGUUUACCAAGAUCAGUUGAUUCUCAGGCAAAGAAAAGAAACAAACACCAUGAGCGACCCCACAAACACAAUUCACCAAAAAGAGAGCGAGAGUUUGAGAAAAACCAAGUCAAAGGCCUGUGAGAGAAAACCCGUGAGGCAUUCAAAUUUCUUUGUGAGAAAAGGAGAGGAUUUUGAGGACGUAUUCCCGGAGGACAAUCCGAAAGGCUUACCACCUAUCCGUGGUAUUGAACACCAAAUAGACUUUGUUCCUGGUGCAUCACUGCCAAACCGCCCAAUUUAUAGGACUAAUCCCGUGGAGACCUUGGAGUUGCAAAGACAAGUUAAUGAGCUCAUGGAGAAGGGACAUAUCAGAGAGAGCAUGAGCCCAUGUACGAUCCCAGUCCUACUUGUGCCCAAAAAGGAUGGAACUUGGCGCAUGUGUGUUGAUUGUAGAGCCAUCAACAACAUCACGGUAAAGUAUCGUCAUCCUAUUCCUAGGCUUGAUGAUAUGCUUGACGAACUGCAUGGUUCUUGUGUAUUUUCUAAGAUAGAUCUCAAAAGUGGAUAUCACCAAAUACGCAUGAAAGAGGGUGAUGAAUGGAAAACUGCUUUCAAAACUAAGCAUGGGUUGUAUGAAUGGUUGGUUAUGCUUUUUGGGCUAACAAAUGCACCCAACACUUUUAUGAGGUUAAUGAACCAUGUUUUGAGAAAAUUCAUUGGAAUCUUUGUUGUAGUUUACUUUGAUGAUAUCUUAGUCUGUAGCAAGAAUCUAGAAGAACAUGUUCAACAUCUAGAAGCGGUUCUUACAACUCUUAAAGAGGAGAAGUUGUUUGCCAAUUUUAAGAAAUGCACUUUUUGUAUGGAUAACCUUGUGUUUGUAGGUUUUGUUGUUAGUGCAGAUGGCAUUAAAGUUGAUGAGAAGAAAGUUAAAGCUAUAAGAGAUUGGCCAAGUCCUAAGACCGUUGGAGAAGUAAGGUGCUUUCAUGGACUAGCUGGAUUCUAUAGGCACUUUGUGAAAGAUUUUAGCACUAUAGCUGCACCACUUACAGAAGUCAUCAAGAAGGAUGUUGGAUUCAAAUGGGAGAAAGCACAAGAAGAAGCGUUCCAGGCCUUGAAAGAGAAGCUUACAAACGCCCCACUCUUAACUUUGCCUAAUUUCCUUAAAACCUUUGAAAUUGAGUGUGAUGCUUCUGAUGUAGGUAUUGGAGCUGUUUUGAUGCAAGACAAGAAACCCAUUGCAUACUUCAGUGAGAAGCUUGGAGGAGCGACCUUGAACUAUCCCACAUACGAAAAGGAGCUAUACGCGUUGGUUCGAGCACUGCAAACAUGGAAACACUACCUAUGGCCUAAAGAGUUUGUGAUUCACACUGAUCAUGAGUCCCUCAAACAUUUGAAGGGUCAGCAAAAGCUCAACAAACGACAUGCUAGGUGGGUGGAGUUCAUAGAAACAUUUCCCUAUGUCAUCAAGUAUAAACAAGGUAAGGAAAACAUUGUUGCUGAUGCCUUGUCCCGAAGGUAUGCUCUAAUCUCUACUCUUGAUAUUAAACUGAUGGGAUUCGAACAAGUUAAAGGGAUGUAUGAUAAGGAUCCUGACUUUUAA